AUGCAGCUUAUUACUAAAACAUAUUUGUGUCUCUUAGUAUGGCUCCCGUUGCUGACUUUUGCAAGUCAGUUAGCUCAAAUAGAGAAAGAAUUUGGUAUUGAAACCUUUUCUACACCAUCUCUAGAUAGCAAUUUGCAAUUGUUAGGAAAUAUUAGUACAUUAUCCUUUUACAAAUACACUGGACAACAGAAUUUUACAGAACAGAAUACUAGAAGUUCAUUGAUCUAUUAUUCAGAUGAUAUUUUAAUAGAAUUGAUACCAAAUGACCAAUUAAGUUCUAAUGCCAUGAUAAAGCAAAUCGUACCAUUACGAGAUAAUUCAUUUGUAUUAAAUGGUGUAGGAAAUCUUUUGAAUUAUGAUCUUUCGAAGCAAUUAGUUUACAAUCUAACAACGUUAUCGGUAUACCCUAUCUUUAAUGAAAGUCUAAAUAUAGUGUCAACCAUUCUGGUGGAUAAUAAUAUAGUAUAUUUUGGUGGUAAUUUCACAUUCCAAGGAUCUAAUAGCGCAUAUACUUGGGAUUCAACCAGCAACACUACAUAUCCUCUAUCCUUUGAUGGUUUUGGGAAAGACUCUACAAUUAAUUCCAUCGUAAAAUUGAAUGACGACGAGAUUUUAUUCACUGGAAAUUUCUCCACAUUGGGCAAUAAUACAUAUCUAACUUCCAGCAUUAAUAAUAAUACCAAUGUCUUAAAUCUAACUAGUAUCGAAUUAGAACCUUUGGUAUCUUUGAAAGCUGCAAUCUGGGAUGUGGAUUCUUCUAGUCAAUUUGAUUCAAGUAAUUUUAUUUGUCCUAGUAAUAAAAAGGAAUCAUGGUCUCAAUCUGGUACAACAGGUUCUUUUGUUGUUAAUUUAUCGUACGAUGUUACACCAUCUAAAAUAAGAUUAUACAACUCUCCAAAUACGGACAAUGAAGUUUCUUUAUUCAGAAUUAUCACUAAUCCAUCCAAUAGUAUUCUAAACUUGACUUAUCUAGAUCCAUUAUCAGGAAAUUUGCAGUACUGUGAUGCCUUUUGUCCAUUAUUAACGACAAGAAUUCUAAAUACACAAGCUCAAAACGAUUCGUUGACUAUAGAGGAUAAAGUCACUAUAAUUAAUGGUAAUUCCACAGUCGUGAAAUGGUCAGAUAGAUAUCAAGAUUUCGCCUUCGUCAACCCUGUUGAUGUCGAAUCAUUAACUUUUACAGCAUUGGAUUCUUAUGGCACCAAUAUCGGACUUGGUGGCUUACAAUUAUUCCAAGAUUCAUUCAAUAGCUUCGCUAAUAAUACAUUAAAUGAACCAAAUUGUGAUGAUGAGUAUACCAUUACAUCUGUAUCUCUUUCUGAAAACGAUUGGAAAGCAGUAUCUAACACAGUAGAUUAUAUUAGCACUUAUUAUACUCCAAAUGUUGAUCCAGUGCCUUUUGUUGAGUUUUCUGUUGAUUUAGAAUACAAUGGUGAGUAUUCUAUUAAUAUUUAUACACCUGGGUGUUCAGAUGAUGGUACUUGUAGUUCCAGAGGUAUUGUUAAUAUAACAGUUUGGGACACAACUGAUAACUCAAUAAUAUCAACAAAGUCUAUUUAUCAGAACAAUAAUCAGCUUAAAUAUGAUGAAUUAUACAGCGGAAAUUUGAACAUUUCAACAUGUCGUAUUACUUUAACAUAUCAAAAUGGAUUAUACGCUAGUACAACACCAGUCACUAUUGUUGCUGAUAGAGUGAGUGUCUCGAUCGUGAAAUUGGACACCUCAGACUUAGCUCAAUUAACUUCAACCUCUACAAAAUCGGUCAUUAGUUUGAAUGGGUUGCUUCAAUAUCAGUUAUCUAAUUUUACUUCGACAUUUAGUUCUUCGGAAAGUCCUAUUACGGUAACUCCUCUUACCAGUUAUGUGAAUGCUACGUUUAAAAAAAACUCUUCAAUUUUGGCAGAAUUAUAUGAUAAUAACACGUUACUUUUAGGUAGUGAGGAUGAAGGUAUUUCGGUAGUAAAAUUGAAUAACGAUUUGUCUUUAGAAUCAAACAACGGUUUUGAGGUUAGUGGCAAUGUGAAUGUAUUUGAAUGCUUUAGUAAUGGUAUUUUUAUUUCAGGUAGAAAUUUAAAUGUCUCUGGUGAACAAUCCAAUAAUCUCAUUUAUAAUGGUACUUUCCAUACUUUUAAAGCAGAUCAAAAGGAAACUUCAACAACAUUUGCAAAUGUUUCAUUUUCUAACUCCGAAUUGCUAGUAUUAGAUAGUAACUUCAUUUGGAAUGUAUCUAGUUCUAGAUCUAUUACUAACGAUUCAAGUCUCUCACUGGGACUUUGGUCUUCAGGAAAGAAUUCCCAAGAUGAUACCUUAUUGUAUGGCUCAGUCUACCAAAAUCAGUUUGCAAAUUUAGAUUCAGCAGUUUCUAUAGAUUCAAAUGGAACUAUCUCUGUUAUUGAUUUCCCACAAGGGAUUUCCCCAUAUCUAGGUUUGUUUUUGAAUUCGUCAUCUACUGUCUAUGCCUACGAAUCGAGAGAUAAUAAUAAUAAAUUGUAUUUCAGUAAUAACAAACAGAUUAACAAUAUAACAUCAUGGGCCGGCCCUAUUUCUUCAAUGCUAUAUUCUGGCAACAAUUCGAUAUUAAUCGUUGGUACCGUUUCUAGUGGUUCUACUAGUGCGCAACUUACAAUUUUAAACACUACUACUUUAACUGUUGUUAAUAAAGAGGCAUUACAGGGAUCUAAUUCCAAUAUAACUUCAAUGUUAAAUUUUGAGACUAACUCAACUCUUCUUAUUGGUGGUAAUUUCAAUUUAUCAAACCCAGAUUGUAAUGGUAUAUGUCUAUACAACUAUGAAACCCAAAAAUUCAAUUCAUUCGCAAAUGGUACAUUAACAGGUUCCAUAACAUCCUUACAGUUUUACAAUGAUAGUUUAUUACUAAUAUCUGGUAUAUAUGAUACUACGGACGUUUCUGGUAUAACAUUAUCUCAAUAUGAUAUAAAGAAAAAUGAAUUAACUCCGUUAAGACAAGAUAACACAAAAUUAAACUCCUUUAUUACAGAGGGUGACAGAAUUAUUUCAUGGAACAGUACUACUUUAUUCAUAUACCAGGAUAACUCCUGGGUUGAUAUGCAGAUUCCUAAUAUAAAUUCGUCCAGUGUUAUUGCUGAUGUUUCUCUGUUCUCAGGUUAUAUCCCCGGUGGAUCUCUCUCUAAGAGAGAUGGUAGUAACUCCACCAAUAAAGUAUUAGUAGUAAAUGGGCAAUUUCAUAGUUCACAAUAUGGGACCAUACAAUCAUUUGUCUAUGAUUUCGACAAAUGGGUUCCAUAUCUCUCUGUUAAAGCCGGACUGACAGAAGACUUAACAGUUGGACCUAAUUUUUUUGUUAAUGAAGAUACCACGUAUUUGUUCAAUUCUCCAGUAGUACUACCUAAUGCAAACUCUACAAUUACUGUACCGAAGACAUCAAGCACCUCGUCAGGAACAUCGACAAAUAGCGCUACAAUAUCAUCAUCACCCAAGAAGGCACAUGAAGGGACUAAAAAGAUACGUCGUGGGUUUGUCGUUUUGGUUGGGUUAGCCCUGGCACUUGGUACUGUCGCAGUACUAGGUUUGUUCGGUGUUCUCCUAGCUGCACUUUUCAGAGAUGAAGAGAUCAAAUACGAACCUCUGACACCUCAUAUUGGUGAAGAUGAUAUGAUAAAUACAGUACCUCCAGAAAAGUUAAUGAAAUUCAUCUAG